AAAAAUCCAGCAUCGCACUAUUAUAAAUCUUCAGUAUCUAUUGAACGAUUGUUAAGACAAGACGGACAAUUUUGAAAUAUUGUUAUAAUGGUAGAAUUAACAGAGAACGAGUGCUUAACCAUAGCAAAAAAAGUUAUUGGACCAAAUAGCUUCAACAUUCUUAAUUAUUCAACCAAGCGUUUUGGUGACUUUUUAGGAUAUCUCGGUGAAUACUAUCGACUUAUCAUCACCGUUAGAAUUAAUUCUUGUGAAAUUCGAGAUUUGCAAUUUUUUGUCAAAAGUUUGCCAAUCGUUGACUUUAGAAAUCGCCGAGACAUGCUAAUUGAAACUGGAAUUUUUUGUAAGGAAAUGAAGAUUUAUGAAAGUUUGCUUCAAAAAUUUGUGAAAUUUGAGAAGCUUCAUGAUGACAAUGAGAUGUGGUGUCCAACAAUUUAUUUAGUUCGUGAUGAUCUGAUUGUAUUUAAUGAUCUUACAAUUAUUGACUAUAAAAUCCUUCCAUUCUCAACUUUCGACUUUACACAGCAACAUGUGGAAGCGACUCUGAAAUCUCUGGCAAAUUUACAUGCUUGCAGUAUUGCUUAUGAAAAGAAAGAGAAAAUUUUAAUUGGAAAGGAAUUCAGCGACAUUCUUUUUGAAACUUCAAUCACAGACAUUCCGUGGUUUACAGCCGGGUUAGAAAUCAUCAAAAUUAUAGCCAGAGAUGAGUUUGGAAUUGAAAAUUCUAAUGAAUUUUACGACAAAAUUUUUGGUGUCAUUGAAGUCAUGGAAAAAUCUCCGUUUGAUGUUCCAAAAGUUUUGUGUCAUCGCGACAUUUGGAAGAACAAUUUGAUGUUUGGAAAUGAUCCUCUCAACUGCAUAUUAAUUGACUUUCAAACAUCUCGUUAUCUUUCAUUAUCUGUUGACGUCACAAUGGCAAUCAUUUGCACAACCAAAAGGGCUCAUUAUGAGGAUAUGAUGAGCUAUUAUCUUCAGUUUUAUCAUCAGCAACUUGAAAGUAAAUUGUCAAAAUUUUCAAUAAAUUUGAAAAAUAUCAUGAAAUAUCAAAAUUUUCUUAAAAGCUGUCAAUAUCAUAAAAAGGUUAUGUUGGUCUACAAGACAUUAGUUGUAACUGAAACUCAAGUUCCUGAAGAAUUGUUUAAUGAUUUUAGUAAAGAAGAUCAUGUUGAAUAUUUGGGUGGAGAUCGAUGGAGAUUGGUUAAAAGAUUUAUGGAUAAAGAUGCAAUGUUUAAACAGAGAAUUUUGGAGUCAGUUGAAGCUGUCAUCGAUGAGUUUUGUGAUCAAAAAAAUUAAAUAAUCAGCAUAGUUAUGAAGCAAAAAAGAUAUUUAUUUUUCAAUGUUUAAAUUCCUAAUAUUUUAAGCAUGGUUCUGGUUCAUAUCUUAAUUACUUAAAUAGACAAUUAUUGAAUUUUAUUUACUCAGACUUUAAUCCAAUUAAAGUCUAUCUCGAAUUCCAGAGAAAAUGACGCAAUGUUUGUUUUGUUUACAUUUUUUGCGUAUUUCCGAUUUGUACCUUAAUAAACCAAAAUAUAAACAAUUUUUUAUGUGAUUCAGAAAUUCCACAUGUAUUGAAAAC